UGAUUGGCAUCAUUAAACGGAAGGCCUUGAUAAAAGAACUAGCUGCUGCAUAUCACGCCGAGUGUCUUGCAUACUGCCAAGAGCUUCUUGAGCUUCAAAGAAAAUGGGACGAGCCAUAUAUUGAAUUAAAAGCACCUGAUGAUUCAAGAAAGGAGACAAUGAAGCCUAGCAAACGUCAAAAGAAAUCCCGCUAGGCAGUAAAUAUAUUCUAUACUGCUUAUACGACUUCGGCAUCUGAUGAAUUCUUCCGUUCUGCAAGGGAAAAAUGCUCAUAGACAGAAUUGAUAGUCUGAUAUAUAUAGGCAGAUGCUCUAUGAAACCAACUAUCUGUACACUCAGGUUAUGAAAACAGUUGAUCAAACAAAAUAUUUUUAUGCUUUUAUACAUUCAAUUUGCAUUGCAAUGAGCAUUUAUUUGUUUGGUUGGUGCAAAGUAAAUGGAACGGAUCAAAUCGGUUCCUCCUUAGACCGAA